CAAAAGAGAGAGAGACACACAAAAAAUGAAGACCCAUUAGCUUGAGGUGGAGAAGGAGAAGGAGAAGGAAGCAAGUAGAAAAAGAUAAACAGAGAGAGAGAGAGAGUGAGAGUGAACGAAUGAUAAGAGGCGCUGCCAUGUCUCUGACUCUGAGACCCACUUCCAGAAUCCUAUCUUCCUUUGUUGGAGACCGCUUCCUUCAUUCAUCACCACCUCUUCACCAACUCUUCCGCUACAAUCCAGGAAGCAAGCAUGUGUCAAUGCAGCUAUCCAGGACUUUUUCUGGCUUAACCGACCUACUAUUCAAUAGAAGAAAUGAUGGAUUGCCAAAUACCACUCGUAAAAGACUAAAGCCUGGAAAAUUGUCUCCUUGUCGACCUGUUCCGGGUCAUAUAGAAAGGCCUCCUUAUGUCAAAUCUAAGCAACCACCUGGAAUUGCAAGUGGACCUGAAGUGCAUGAUGAGAAGGGGAUAGAAUGCAUGAGAGCAUCUGGACGGCUUGCAGCCCAGGUUCUUGAAUAUGCUGGGACUUUAGUCAAGCCAGGCAUAACGACAGAUGAAAUUGACCGAGCUGUUCAUCAAAUGAUAAUUGAUAAUGGGGCCUACCCCUCUCCUCUUGGCUAUGGUGGGUUUCCAAAGAGUGUAUGUACAUCAGUGAAUGAAUGUAUUUGCCACGGAAUACCAGAUUCCCGUGCACUUGAGGAUGGCGACAUUAUCAACAUUGAUGUUACAGUUUAUCUAAAUGGGUAUCAUGGUGAUACAUCGGCAACAUUCUUCUGCGGAAAUGUUGAUGAUGAGGGCAGACAGCUAGUUCAGGUGACUAAAGAAUGUCUUGAUAAAGCAAUAUCCAUAUGUGCACCAGGAGUGGAGUUCAAGAAAAUUGGCAAAACAAUUCAAGAUCAUGCAGAUAAAUUUCGCUACGGUGUCGUUCAACAAUUCGUUGGCCAUGGGGUUGGACGUGUUUUUCAUGCUGAUCCAGUUAUUCUACACUUCAGGAAUAAUGAUACUGGAUGCAUGCUGUUGAAUCAAACCUUCACAAUUGAACCAAUGCUGACAGUAGGUAGCUUUAAUCCUGUAAUGUGGGAUGAUAACUGGACGAUUGUUACCGAAGAUGGGAGCCUGUCAGCACAAUUUGAACACACGAUUUUAAUAACCGAAGAUGGGGCUGAGAUAUUGACCAAGAGUUAAACAUUGUUUGAACUUUGAAUUUGAUUCUUAGUCAAAAAUUUUGGCAUCAAUCUAAAUCUUGUUUUUAUCUUU